AUUUUGUACGUCGGCGUGGUGGUUUGGCGCCAGCAAUUUCGCGGGGUAACAGCACAAGGAGCAGUGCAGCGAGAGCAGGAAGCAGUGAAGGCUGAAGUGCUGAAGUGUUGAAGUAGAAGACUGGAAGAAGUGAAGCAGUGAAGCAGUGAGCUCCACAGUCACAGACAGCCAGGGCGAGGCGGCAGGUCGGCCGCUGUCUGCUCCUUCUACCCGCCCUGAACUCCGAGGCUGCGAGGAGGUGAGUAAUAAUGAUGGCGGCGGCGGGGCCUCCGAGCAGCUCCGGCUUCCUGCCCCUGCUGGAAUCUUUGGAGGACAGUGCUGCCGGACAGUCCGAGCAGACGGACGCUUACCUCACCAUCGCCAAUCGACUCAGCGGAGAGGAAGGCCGACAUUUUCUCCCUGCAGUGGAAAAGCACUUUUCUCGUUUGGGUAAAGUCACCCUGGCUCACAUCAGCAGUUCAAACGUGGAGCUGAGCCAAGCUGCCCUGCAAGCUCUGGGCUUCUGCGUGUACCAUUCUCGCGUCGUCUCUGCAGGGCCCGAAACCUUUGCAACAGAGAUCCUGUCAACACUCUGCUCCCUGGUGGUGAAGUCCACAGAUAAGAACACGUGCACCAGAGCAUUAUGGGUCAUCUCCAAGCAGAGCUUCUCUCCAGAUGUGGUCGGCAAAAAAGUACCAGCUAUACUGGGAACACUGGAGAGUGUGUGGAGCAGAGAGGACAUCCAGUCUGUGGUGAUGGAGCAUGAGGCCCUGAACGUCGUCAUCAGGAUGCUGGAGCAAGUCCCGGGCCAGAUGGGCGAGGGAGCGGUGCGGUGGGCGAAGCUCGUCAUCCCGCUGGUGGUCCACUCCGCCUCCAAGGUGCGUCUGCGGGCCGCGGCGGCCAUGGAGCUGGGCAUGCCUCUUCUCCUGGAGAAACAGAUGGAGGUGGCCGCCAUCAUCGAACCCAUGAUGUCCUCAAAACUGAUCCCAGAGCUGCAGAAGCUUUUCAUGUCCAAGAAUGAAACCAACGUCCUGAAGCUGUGGCCCUUAUUUGUGAAACUGCUUGGGAAGCUGCUGCACAGAGGAGGUCCUUUCAUCAACUCCCUGCUGCAUCUGGAGGAGCUGGGUUUCCGUAGUUCCUCUCCGACCAUCAAGAAGAUCGCCUUCAUCGCCUGGAAAAGCCUCAUCGAUAACUUCGCCCUCAAUCCAGACAUCCUGUGCAGUGCCAAGCGUAUGAAGCUCCUGAUGCAGCCCCUCGCAUCCAUCCACGUCAGGACAGAGGCCCUGCUGCUCACCAAGGUGGAGGUCUGGUGGUAUCUGGUUGUCCAACUCGGGCCCAACCUGUCACCCAACUUUGAUCAGGUGUCUGUCCCUCUGCUCCAGUGCACCAUUGGCUCCGACUCCUCCUCAGUCCCGGUCACUGCUUCUCGACCUGUCAGUCAAAACGGAGCCAGUACACCCAGCACACCCAAGACUCCCUUCAGCACUUCAGCCAACACGUCUCUGAUGAGCCUGAACUCCAGCGUGCACGUGCCCUCCACCUUCCCCUCCAUCCAGCUGCUCGGCCUGGAGAUGCUGCUUCACUAUUUUCUCGGAGCAGAGGUGAUCGCCACGGCAGCCAAGAACAAACUCAUCCUGAGUCUCGAGCCUCUGAACCACUCACUCCUCUCCGGUGCUUCCUCUUUCACCAAACACGCUGCUGUGCUUACCUCCAGCAUCAGAGACGGAUUCACCAAUGUCGGCAAAGAAGCUCCAGAUUCUCUUCUGGCUGUCAUCUGGAGGAAUCUGGUCCAAUUUGUCAACUUGACAAUAGAGUCUGUAGGCAGCAAGAAGGACCGUCAGGGUUGUGAAGUUCUGACUCUGAUGCUUCAGGCUCUGCAGAGCAUCGUCACCUCAGAGGCUCUGCCUGCACACAAAGUCCUGAUUCUGCUGGAGGCCACAGUGAAAGGUAUUCCCCAUAGAGUUCUUGGCUCUGCCUCCUAUCAAGUGGGCAAAAUGGAUGUGCUCAAUGGAACGCCGGCUCUGUUCCUCAUCCUCCUCCUCUAUGACAGCAGCCUGCUCACAGCCUACAUCGAGGACGAGAGGUUUUUUCAGUGCCUUCAGAUGCUGGUAGGCUGCGGCCUGUCGGGGCCCACUUCCCCUCUGGCGUUUGGGGAGGCGGUGCUGGGGGCCAUGGGACGCAGCGCUGGGUUUCUACAGAACAAGGAGCAGCUGUGGAAGAUGUGGAGCGUGAUGGUCAGCCCACUGACCGACACCAUCACACAGUCUAAUGAAGUGAACCAGGGUGACGCUCUGGAGCACAACUUCAGUGCCAUGCACUCUGCCUUGAUGUUCCCUGUUACACACCUGCUCCACGGCACACCUCUACAGCAGGCGUCCCAGAAGUCCAUGCUGUCCUCAUGGUCCAAGCUGUACAAAGUGUUUGCCCGCUGCUCUGCGCUUGUGGUCACGGCUGAAGAGAACAUCUGCUGCGAGGAGUUCUGUGCAAGGAUGACUGCUGCGAUCGACAGAGCUGCUCUGAUGGUUCCGUCAACGUUAAAUGCUGUUGCCAAUAUCCUCCAAGUCAUAGUGGAGUCUGUGGACUUCUCGCCGUACACUCCUCAGUUUCAGCAGAAGCUGAAGUCACCUCACACUCCAGUAAACUGGAUGAAGAAGAGGAAUAAGGUCCUGGGGAAUCUAUCCACCUUCCAGUCCCUGCUGGUACAAUGUCUAGAGGUCUAUCUGGAGGGCCCAGAGGUUUUUGCUGAAGCCACAGGGUUGGCCCUGGUCUUCAUCCUGUCUGCUCUCUUCACCAACCUAGCUCUCGCAAACACGAUCAAGGAAGCCCUGACUUCUCUGAUUCAACCACUCACCCUGUUCUCCAAACAAGCAGCCAGUGAGCCGCCUAAAUUCACCUCGCAGCUUCUGGGAAAGUUAGAGAAGCUUCUCCUCGAGGUUCUCAGCUGCCUGCAGACCCGCUCUGCUUUGGCGUACGACGAUGAGCUGCUGGCUCUGCUCUCUCCUCUGCUCUGUGUGUUGUUUCCUCACAAAAACAAGCAGCUGCGCACCUCCGUUGCCCAGUUCUGGAACUCCACCUUCGCCAACUCAGUCAGCCUCACUUACCCCGACGAGAUCAGACCAAUCCUGAGCCAAGUGAAGCAGAAGACUCCAAUCAUUCUUCCUGCUUUUGAGGCUGUCAGUGUUCCUGAUGACCUCAGUGGACAGUAUUCAAGUGAGAGUUCCCAGUUGGAGACCAAGCUCAGCGGGAUGCCAGUUUCAUCUGUGGGGAAGAGGGACUCACUGCUGGGAAAGGCUGCCGAGCUAAAGGACAGGAACGUCACAAAGACCUCCAAGCCAGUUUCUACAAAGCUGGACUUUGGCUCUCCCAAGCCGCCUCGCAGAGAGAUUUUGGAGGAAGAGGCCUCCAUUGACUUUGUUUUCAUCCCUCCGGAGACGAAGGAGAGGGUUUUGACGGAGCACCAGAAGGAGGUGAAAAGGACAAAAAGGGUCGACAUCCCUGCCAUGUACAACAACCUUGAUGCUUCUCUGGAUACAACGGUUUUCAGCCAGUACACACAGAGCCAAGACGACUCUUUGGACAAACCGCCAACUGAACAAGCUGACAAGGUUACCGAAGAUGCUCCUGGCAAGGUUCUUAAAGAAGAUGUGAAAAAUGGAGAGGACAUUGAAGUUCUAACAAAAGAUACACAAGACUAUGCCAGCCCAAAAGCAAUAGACAACAUGACAGGAAACCACGAGCAGGAAGAGCUGAUCCCUGAGUCAGCAGAUGUUUCUAUGGAGGAUGAUGUCAAGAGUGACGAUAGAGCAGAGGACUUGGAAUUGCAGUCUAAAGAAGGCACAAGUCCCAACAUCUCUGGUUCUUCAGAUUUGGUCUCUGGGACUCCCCAGAAACCCAACAGUCGCCGUCAGUCCUUUAUCACUCUAGAGAAAUAUUCUGAUGGAAAGCCUGCCAGCCCUAGCAGUGCGUCCUCAUUCACAGGUCCUCUCAUAAAGACCUCCCAAGAACGUUCUUCGGCUUCCCAGACAUCCACUGGUCCAAACUCUCAAGAUUCCCAGUCCACUCAGGGAGGAAAAAAGAACUCGCAGUGUCGAGUGAAUGUUGCCCCUGAGUCCCCUCAAAGGCCAAAAGAUUCUGGGACUAAAUGUGGGCCAGUAAGGCUGACUGAGAGAAUGCCCAGUGACACAACGGAGGAUGAAGAUGUUAUCCCGGACACCCAGACCGAAGUGGAAGGAAAAGAGAGUCCAGAAAUUGCUUCCACAGUAGAGGAGCUGACACAGUCAAGCCAGGAAGAGGAUUCUGAACAGAAUGAUUCUCAAUCCUCUUUGACUUCUUCAAACGAGCCCAGAUGUCGCGGACGCCCCAGAACCAGAGCCCUGCUGCCCGGAGAGGACCCUGAGAAACGCAAGAAGUACAAAAGGCAACGCUCUGGAGAGGAACUUAAAAGUGAUUCUUCAAUGUCAAGCUCAAACAGACCAAACACGAGAGGGAGGCAGGCUUCUGAGGAAGAGAGUGGCAGAUUACGAACAAGAGCUCAGAGGGACAAGAGUGAGUCAAACCAAACCAACUCUCAGAGUAGAGCUCGCAAGAAGAUCAGGCUGUACAGCAAAUCAGAGGAGUUCCUUGAUAAACCUGAACCCAGAAGGAGAAGCACAAGAGAGCCUGAGUCCAGCCAAACUGACUUGCGGUCAGACACACAAUCUGACUCUGAAAGUCAAUCGCAGAGUAGGCACAGGCGGCGAAGCAAAUCAUCGUUGGAGGCUAAAGAGGCUGGAAUGAAGGAAAAGGUUUUGCCUGACAAAGAGUUCAGCCAAACUGCCACAGAUGAGCUCAAAGAACAGUCUGAAAAGGAUGAUGUGCCAAAGACAGACUCUCAAAUGAUCACUACUCCUCCUGAAACUAGUGGUAGAUCCCAGGAAGAACUUGUAGAACAGGCUGGAAAAGAUGAUAAGCCAAAGAGAGAUUCUGAAGUGGUCACUCCUUCCCUUCCAACAAGUAAAUCCCAAGAGUUUGAGCUUGUAGAACAGGUCAGAAAGGAUGAUGAGCAAAUGGAUGCUUCUCCUCACGCUGGUAGCCAGAUCCAAGAUGUAGAGUUUAGCAAAACAACCGGAACGCAAGAAGAUUCUCAGAUGGUCACUUCCCCAACUAACCAUGAGUCCCAAGAUGGAACAAGCACAACAAUGACUGUGAAUGAAUCAGAGGUCAAAGAUGAACAAAACGGAACAGGAGAAGGUACAGAUGAAAACUUAAGUCAAGAGGACUCUCAAGUAAUCACACCCUCAUCUUCUGAUAGCCAGUCUCGACGUAGGUCCAGAAGAAGCAAGGCAGCGGAGUCUGAAGAUAAAAGUGAAAAUAAGGAUUCAUCAAGAAGGCAGAGAAGGUCUAGUUCCCAGGCAGCAUUGUCAGGUAUCAGUCAUACUGAGGCCACAACUAGUGGUAGGACCAGAAGGAGCAAGGUGCAAGAGGAGCAGUCAAAGUCAAGUCCUUAUUCAACCCCAGAGAGUUCCCAGAGUACCCCAGAGUCCUCCCAAGGCAGGGGCAGGUACUCGAGAAGAAUAUCUUCUCAAGGAUUAGUAGCCAAUAUACAGUCUGUGAAGUCCGACUCCCCUGAGGCCAAAGAAAAUUCCCCAAUGCCCCAAAAGAGAGGGAGGAAACCUCGAGCAUCUCUUCAAAGUCCCCUCACCCUUGAAUCUAAAGACAAAAUUAAUAACGAUGUAUUGACAAAUGAUAGUGAGGCUUCUCAAAGGGAAGAUGCACAAAGCAUAGAAGCUACAAAUGCAACAGAUUUAGAGGAUUCACAGGAAACCCAAGAUUUGGAGGGUUCGGAAUCACUGCAGGUAGUUCAUAGCAUUGAGGAGCAAAGUAACAAAGAAUCUGAGGCUGUUGUAGAGAAAACUGACAGUGAAAAUACACAGAGCAAAUCAUUUGUCAUGUCACAUCGGAAAGAGGAGCAAAACCAAAAGGACUCUAAAACAGACAUUGAUAAUACCCCUUUACAAGAAAGUAACACCGGGGACUUGCAAUGUGAUAAAUCACUUGAAUCAGUGGGGACCAGUUCUGAACAGACUCAGGAGAAAUUGCCCUGUGACCCAUCUGCUAUGGACACAAUGUCGUCUCCCAAUGAGACAAUGGAGAAACUACCGGCCUCAGAGUCUUCAGAGGAAAAAGCUGGACAAAUGACUGACCCUGGUGACGAUGUUACAGAAAAACACGAUUCAGACCACCAAGAAGAUCCAGUUGUAGAAGAAGACCCAGUUGUUCCAGCUGAAGAUGGUCAGAGUACAUCUUCUGGACAUAACCAGAUGGAAUGUUCAAAUGUCUUGAAUGAUUUUACAAAGGAGGGGCAGCAGUCUGCCUCCAUCAAAGAAGGCGAGUCUCCAUAUCAACACACAGAGGCCAGCACCGAUGCUGACAUCACACCUCUACAAGACAGCAAAACCCAGAUUAUGGAAUGUCAAGGCGAAGAAGAAACUAGCAAAACCCAGAUUAUGGAAUGUCAAGGCGAAGAGGAAACUAGGACAACUAACACUGAGAACGGUGUCGCAAAUGUGGAUGCUGACCUACCUGAUGUUUGUAAUGCUUCAGGGUUCUCAGAAUCUACAAACAAAGAUGAUUUCCAGGGUUCUCCGGUGAAGCAGAAGGACCUGGAGGCUGUAAUGGAGCCAGAUGUUGGCCAAAGCCCCAUCAGUGGCAGGACCAGAGGAACCUGGUCUCCCUCAGCCUCCCCAUCAACCAGUAUUCUUAAGAAGGGCCAGAAGAGACCACUAGAGGAUGAGACUCCCUCACCGCUUGUCAAAUCGAGGCGUGUUUCUUUUGCUAAUCCAAUCCAACAGCAGGAAACUGCAGAUGACAUUGAUCGUCGCAGCCCAGCUAUCAGAACCAGCUCCCCCAGAAGAUCCAAACUUAGUAGUAUCCCACAGCCCAAGUAUGUCACCACUCCAACAAAAGGCUUGCUGAUCCUGAGUCCCAGAAACCUGCACAGUCCAGGUUACAAGAGCUCCAAGAAAUGCCUGAUUUCUGAAAUGGGCCAAGAGCCGCGGCCCGUCUCCAGAGACUGCAUCUACCCGGCCCUGGUUGGCUGCUCUACACCUGUAGAAGCUGUGCUGCCUCAGAUUUCCUCCAACAUGUGGUCUCGUGGCUUCGGGCAGCUUGUUCGAGCCAGAAACAUCAAAACAGUCGGUGACCUCAGCGCCCUUACUCCCAGUGAGAUCAAGACUCUGCCCAUCCGCUCCCCCAAGAUCUCCAAUGUCAAGAAGGCACUUAAAAUCUAUGAACAACAGCGCAAAGGGCGAGGUGGUGACGAGUUGAAGAGUUUUGAUGAGACCGAGAUGAUGACCUCUGAACUGGAGGAGACCAGUGCUCCUCAAAACCAGGAUGAGGAGGAUAAGACCUCAGAGACACUAGCAACGGAGCUGGUGGAUGAGCCUGUUCCUGCAGACGGGAGGCCGGAGCAGGACGCCCCCACAGAUCAGACCACUGACAUGCCGGCCAGAGAGCAGAGAGCUGAAGGGCUGCUGUCAGAGGUGGAGGCUCUGACCUGCAGGAUGACACCUUCAGAACUCAGUCACUGCUCACCACAGCAGCUCGUUCAGAUCCACCAUCAGUUAGGAGGCCUGAUGAGCCACGUGGUGCUCGAGCUGCAGACACGACUGUGCCGGGCGGACGCCAAACCCUGAAGAGCACAUUGAUCUCUUGUUAGAUCGGACUGCUGUGAAGGCACAUAAAGAGAUGAUUGGAGUGGACUCGGAGGAUGUUUACCCCUUUUACAGGGACUGAAGUAUUACAUGACCAGAUUUUUACAAAGGAGGAUUUUAUGGGUUUUAACUCGAUGCCUUGUCUCACUUAUGAUUCGUCUUUCCUCGUGUUUUUUAAUCCUUUCCAGCAGCAAUCCUUUUCAUUUCUAGGUUAAGCUGUUGGGUAAUUUGUACGAUUUUAAGAAACACUCAAAGGGAAGCACAGUUUCACUUUCUAAGCUGUGCCAGGUGAUUUUUAGUAGCUGUGAUCUGAAUGUGAGUGGUUGUUUCCUGCGUCCUUUGUAGACUUUGUAAUAAAUGACUGAUGUAAGACUACAAAUGUAUGCAGAAGAAGACUCCUGUUACUUUCCUCAACAUGCUGACGACACCUUCCUGUUUUGUACAUAUAUUUUCUGAACUCCUGUGCUCAGCUCAUCAGUCCUUCUGUACAUUUUGUAGGAUUUCUUUGUCAUCUCACUUUAACGUCUUAUCACAUUUUUAAAGUCAUGAAGUAUAUUUCAGAUGAUAGACAGUGUGCACUUCAGUCUUUAUUUGUGGUUUUUAAUGCUUCAAUAAAAGCGCUAAAAAAAAA